AUGAAAGCUGAACAUGAACAAUGGUCUAAAAAUUAUGAAAAAAUUCAUAGUGUAUUCAUUGAUGAUGUGUCAUUAUUUAAUAAAUUAAAUGAAGAUGUUCCGUUAUACACAAAAUUAUAUUUAUCAACACCAAUGUAUCGUAUGGUGGAUCAUUUAAGUGCCAAACGCGAAGAAGAUACAAAAUUAAAAGAAUUAAUUGAUCAUUUUCCGUCGGAAAUUGUAAAAAUAUACGAUGAAAUGUUAUUAGAAGAAUUACCAGCUGAUCAUAGUGAUAUUGCAUUAAUUAUAAAUAAUAUUGGUUUAGUCUAUCGUGAAAAAGCUAAUUAUUCAACGGCUAUAAACUAUUUCAACGAUGCUUUGAAGUAUUUUCUUGCAAAUCUUUCAUACAUCGCUCAAAUAUACGGGAAUAUAAGAACACUUUACAGUGAAAAAGGAGACAAUUCAUUAGCAUUUGAAAAUUAUGAACGAUAG